CUCUGGAGACAGAAGGCCAGAUUCUCGAAGAAGCUGACUCGGGGGGAGGGAGGAGGGACUUUUUCUUCUUUCGGGGGGGGGGCUAAUCCUGCUCCACGAACCCCGGAGAGCUGCUGGCCAAAUUAAUUAGACAUUGCUAUGGGAGACGUGUAAACACACUACUCAUCAUUGAUGCAUAUAUAAAGCCAUUUCAUUUUCGCUAUUAUUUCAGAGGAAGCGCCUCUGACUUUUUUUUUUCCCCCUCUCUCUCUUUCUUUUUGGUCCCCUUUUGCCUGUGUGGUUUGGAAAAAGCAGAGUUGGAGUAGCUGAUUCCUAAAUAAUUGCAGGUCGCAAGAGCGAGAGGAUAUGAUGCUGCGGAGGCUGGUUCAGCAGUGGAGCGUCGCAGUGUUCCUGCUGAGUUACUCUGUGCCCUCCUCUGGGCGCUCGUUGGAGGGGCUCGGCCGCCGGCUCAAAAGAGCUGUGUCAGAACAUCAGCUCCUCCAUGACAAGGGAAAGUCCAUUCAAGAUUUACGGCGACGAUUCUUUCUUCACCAUCUGAUUGCAGAAAUCCACACAGCUGAAAUCAGGGCUACCUCAGAGGCUUCCCCUAACUCCAAGCCUCCUCCCAACACAAAGAACCACCCUGUCCGAUUUGGGUCUGAUGAUGAGGGCAGAUACCUAACUCAGGAAACCAACAAGGUGGAGACAUAUAAAGAGCAGCCACUGAAGACACCUGGGAAAAAAAAGAAAGGCAAGCCUGGGAAACGCAAGGAACAGGAAAAGAAAAAACGGCGAACUCGAUCUGCCUGGUUAGACUCUGGAGUACCUGGGAGUCGGCUGGAAGGGGACCACCUGUCUGACAUCUCCGCAACUUCGCUGGAGAGCAAUUUAUGUACAGCACUUCUAUGGGGUUUGAAAGAGGAAAACAACACAAGAACGCAUCAUACGCAGCCAAUGAUCCCAUUAUUUAAAGAGCCCCCUGUGACUUCUCCAGUCUUUUCCACUGACUCUGGUAGACAUAGGAUUACAGAGUGAUAUUUCAAAGGAGAGUUGGAACUUAUUUGCCAUCACUUCUCUCUUUGAGUUAAGUUGACAAAACUCAUUAAAUAGCAUAUAAAAUGGCAAUUAGAUACAAUUGAAGUACAGCUUCAGUAGUCAAGGGGCAAGUGGCAUUAGAGAAAACUUUAGCACAGUGAAAGACCUAUUCACUACAGAUAUUUAAUAGCUCUGUAAGGGGUAGCAAGCCCUAUAAGUUCUGGCUCACUGUAUAUCUUCAGUGCAUUUUAAGAUAUGAUCCUAAUAGCAUAUAUUUAUACCUAAUGCAAGGACUCUACUUUUUGCUAGAAUCUGAUUUUAUUAAUUGUCUUACUAUACAUAUAUAUACAUAUAUACUAUAUAUAUAGUUAAUUAUGGAAGUAACUCUUAUAUUAAUAGAAGUAUAAAUGCUUCCCUAAGGAUUUUAUUCAUUUAAAAUUUGCAAUGCUCUUAAGUAUCUAGAGAAUUAAUGAAAAUAAGCACUUGUCCAUUCUUAUGCCCAAAGCUGCUCCUAAGUUAAAGUAGGUCUAGUGAAAAUUAAGCAGUGGCCUAAUCAAAUCCAGACCUAGGACUGAAAAAUAAAAAAAUAGAAUGUUUCUGCUUUCUGUUCCUUGGUUAUAAGGGAUGCUCAUGGAAAGCACUGAUUGUUUGGCAGCCAGAUGUUGGCACUCUCCCAAUACAACCCCACAGAGAGGUACAGGGAAGAGUGGGGGAAUUUAGUAGUGUAUUGAUGAGAACAUAUGGGCUCUGAAAAUUUUGUGAUUCAAAUAAAAUCUUUUCAGAAUACCGAUUUUAAAGUUUUAUCAAAGAGCAGUCUUUUAUUAAUGUCUUCUUUUUAGCACAUUGACAUUAUUACUUGAUUAUCUGAGAGAUCUGAUGAGAUGGCAAGCAUGAACUUUAUUAUAAUAUAUGUAGUAUUUUUUUAAAGUAACUACUGAGUUAAAAUUAUCUGUCUCCUCUCACAUGUACAGUUCAGUGAAAAAUACAUAGCUUUAAAUUUUAGAAAUUACAUUGUGAAAUUUUUGAUGUUGCAAAUGAGAUGUCCAGAUACAAUGGGACUCAUUUAAUUGAAAUUACAUAGUUUUGCCUUGGUAAAUAUUGAUUUAGAAAUAGACAAUUAAUUGUUAAAACUUUUCAGCUAGAACUCUGAAGUGUGAUCAUGCACAUACGUGCACACACAAAAACAUACAUACAUACUUUUAGAUCAUGUUAUAUUUUAACUUUGCUAUUCCAGUAUGUGCCUUUGGUGAAGAAAAAAUCAGGAUAAAAGAUAGCAAGCAAACAGGCUGGGCAAGAUGAAAGAUAAUUGAAAGAAUCCUUGGUCCUUUAACUUACUCUUUUUUUCUUUCCUUCUGAGGUUAUAAUUGUACAAAAUACUGUUCAUUUUCUCCUUGCUUGUGUUAUUGUUAAACUCAAUUCAUUAAAUACCAUUUAGUAUCAAAAAACAAUUUCAAAUAAGUACAGUAUGAAAAUUAUUGAUUUUUGUGGCCUUUUUGGUUUUGUUCAUAACAUCCAUCUACAUUCCCCCACCACUUGAAAUUUUAAUCUUAAACUUUCCUUUUCUCUGCAAUUAACAGCUAUUUCACCAUUCCAACUAGAACCAUUGGUACAGCAGUCAAUUUCUUAAAACUUUAAAACACCCUAGAUGCUCAACUUGCUUUUCUUUGUUCAGGCUGCACAUAAAACUCCUAAAUGUCAAGAAUUUGCUCUUUUUUAGGUCUCACACCCAUACGUGUCUGCCAUGUAAAACUGUCCACAACCCUGGCUGUUAAUGCAGUGGCAUAGCCAAUGAAAUUCCAUUUUGUAGCUGUUUCCCUAGAAACCAAUACAGAUCCACUGAAACAGACAACACAGAGAGAAGAUAAAACAGGAAAGAAAAGCAGAGGAAAGCCUGCUGACCCAUCUUAAGAUAUUGUCAUCACAGAACGCAGAAAGGUUAGAAAGGUGUCAACCCCAACGGGGUACCUUAUUCUGAGUAAUAAAACAAACAGAUACGGGGUUGCCAUGAGUCAGCCAUGAAGGCAACUUUUUUUUCUUUUGUCUUUUUUUAAGUACAUGACAGUUAUCAUCCCAAACAUGCUCUUUUUAACUACACACCCUUCCAACAUUUACCCAAAGUCACAUACUUUCACUACACGCACCACACCCUAUUAUCUUAGCAGGGGAUUGGCCUAAUGAGAGCCUGAAGAGAAUAAGCAAUCUUUGUAUCAUGCCUGUCAUGUGUCACUGGGGAAUA